AACAAAAUCCAAUGAAUAACUUUCUCCAAUGAAACAGAGCAGUCGCUUGAGGUAGUUGCAGGUGCGAGUGUUUUACAGGACCCCCAACCAGUUCUAUGCUAUGAUUUGUGGGAAAAGAAUGUAAUUGUGAUCGGUAGCAGCAAUGAGUCGACUGCUUUGAGAGAAGUAAAUGAAAUAUAUAUAUGACGUUUGAUAUGAAGCUUAGAUUCCGCGGGGGGAGGAAGGUGGAAUGGAUAGAGAAGGCUGGAGAUUUUAACAGGAUGGUUGCAGGUUCAGAAAAAAAUAAAAAAACGCUCAUCUUGGAUACUUUACAUGAGACUGUCUUCAUAUAUUCACUACUUAUUAAUUAAAUCCCAAAGAGCUCUAGGUCAAGUAAGCUAUGGCUUUAAUAGCUUGCCUUCAUCCGUUAUUCGAUUCUUUACGGCCAUGGUUGCUCCCCAAUGCGGACGAGAGGGAGUCCAAGCCACCACCUGCUCCAAUCUCAUCUCUGUUCUUCGGUACACCAAAACUCACCGGCUGCUAUCUGUUGGAAAGAUGGCCUAUGGCUUCGUUCUUCGAUCUGGGUUGGAAUUUGAUGUCUAUAUUUCUAAUAAUAUGCUUUGUGUUUACUUGUCAUGUGGUGCUAUUGUUCACGCACGCCAGAUGUUUGAGAAAAUGAUUAUAAGAGAUACGGUUUCCUGGAACACCAUGAUAUCAGGGUUCGUUAGCUUGGGGCUGUUUAGAGAAGGAUUUGUUCUCUUCGCCGAGAUGAUUCGAUUGGGAAAUCUGCCAACCCAUCCGAGCUUCGUAUCCAUUCUUGUUGCAUGUGCUGAGAUGGGAAAUUCAAUAUAUACUCAGCAAGUUCAUAGUUGCAUCAUCAAGUUUGGUUUUUCUUCUUUUCCUUUUGUGGGAAACUCGCUCUUGAAGGGUUAUGUGGAAUAUGGAGAAUAUGAAGAUUGGUUGAAAGUGUUAAACGAUAUGCCUGUUUUGGAUGAAAUUUCUAUUCAGAUUUUGUUGAGAGGAUGUGUUUGCCAUAAAAUCUUCGGUUUUGCUGUUGAGUUGUUCAAGUAUUCAUGCUCCAUCGGCAUAGAUGUUAGCCCUUACACUAUCACUAGCUUAGUAAGCUUAUGCUCGAGUCAUGAUAAUGCCAACUUUGGUGUCCAAAUUCAUGGAUUUUCCCAAAAAAAUGGCAUGGUUAUGGAUGUUUCUGUAGUUAAUUCUCUAAUAACAAUGUAUUCAAGGACCUAUACUUUACAUGAUGCAGAAGAUUUGUUUGAAUUGUGUAGUUCAAGAGAUAUAGUUACCUGGAACUCUCUCAUCAGUGGCUAUGCGUAUAAUGGGGAGGGUGAUGCUGGCUUUGGCCUUGUUCAGAGGUUGCUCUCUAGUGGAAUUUUGCUGAAUGAAUCUACUUUCCUGAGCUUCCUGUCUUGUUGUGCUGCCAUUGGUGUCCUUAAUAAUGCAAAAAAAGCGCAUGCUUUGAUUCUUAAACUUGGAGAAGGCUUUGAGGAAUGGACCGAUAAUGUUAUAUUGACCAUGUAUUGUAGAACUAGAAGUAUAGAAUAUGCAGCUGCCACUUUCCAAGCUAGCAAAGUUAAGGAUGCCUUUUCAUCAAAUUUGAUAAUGGGGUUAUAUAGGAGCUUUGGCCGCCAUGAAGAAUCGAUAAAGCAUUUUCACAUUUUCCAAUCACAGGGUUCUCAGGUGGAUGACAUGAUGUUUUCUGGUGUCCUUUCUAGCUGUUCCAGACUGGGAUUUCUAAAUUUUGGAUGCCAAAUUCAUGUUUGUGUUAUAAGGAUAGGUUUUGAUAAGAUUUCUCACCUCAAGAACUCUAUUUUAGAACUAUACUCUCAAUGUGGAAGAGUGGAUGAUAUGGAGAGGAUUUUUGAGGAAUCUGAGACACUUGAUUUAUUUUCAUGGAACAUGAUGCUUAUGGGAUAUGCCAACAUUGAUUUAUUCCAUGAGGCAAUUAGUAUUUGGCAUGAAAUGUUAAAAUUGGAUAUUGAGCUUAAUGAGUUCUCUUACUCUGCUUUACUGCAUGCAUGUUGUCAUACUGAUGUUCUGUUGAUUGGAGAGCAAAUCCACACUACUAUCCACAAGAUAGGGCUAACAUUUGAUACAACACUAAUGAAUUCUUUGUUGACCAUGUACUCAAAUUGUAGACAAAUGGAGAAAGCUCAUUUGGUCUUUGAGGAGAUCUCUUCACCAGAUUAUGUAUCAUGGAAUGCCAUGGUUUCAGGUUACACACAAAAUGGAUUUCCAACAGAAUCUAUUCAACUUUAUGUAAGAAUGAACAAAAAUGGAAUUGAGACAAAUGAAAUGACUUAUGCAAGCGUCUUUUCCUCUUGUUCUUUGCUUGCAAAUCUGAAAUUGGGUUUUCAAUUCCAUGCUCAAGCGGUCAAAUGUGCAUUUGAUUUAAGCUUACCUGUUUCAAACUCACUCAUCACUAUGUAUGCCAGAUGUGGUAGCAUACAUGAAUCAUCCCAGAUUUUUUGCAGAACCCUGCAUCCAGAUCUAAUCACUUGGAAUUCAAUGAUAAAUGCGUAUGCCUAUCACGGGCUUGGAAAGGAAGCAAUUUCUGUGUUUGAACAAAUGAAUAAUUUUAGUGAGAAGCCCAACAGUGCAACUUUUAUAGGUGUUCUUUCUUCUUGUAGCCGUGCGGGUUUGGUUUCAGAAGCUUGUUAUCUCUUUAACAUCAUGAGUGAAGUUUAUGGUAUUGUACCAGGUGAGGAACAUUAUGCUUGCAUUGUUGAUACAUUAUCCCGGAAUGGUAAAUUGUGGGAUGCUAAGUUGUUUAUAGAGAGUAUGUGUAUUAACAAUUGCUCCUUGGUUUGGAGAAUAUUAUUAAGCUUUUGUCGACUAAAUGGAGAUGUAAAGCUUGGUGAGGUGGCAGCAGAGAAGAUAAUUGAUUUGGAACCAUGCGAUUCAACUCCAUAUGUUAUCCUUUCCGACUUAUAUGCUCAUCUGGGUAAUAGAACUAUGAAGGAUCAUUUGAGGAACUUAAUGGAGAAUAGAGGAGUGAAGAAAGAGACUGGGUGCAGUUGGAUUUCUAGUUAGAUUUAUUCAGUCAGUUAUGCUUUGGGGACGCAAGCACAAGGAAGCAGCUUUCAAGAGCUCGGAUCACAUUGUAUAAGAUAAAAUAAAUCAGGUACAACAAGUGGCUAGCCAUGAAGCAACUUGGUAUUUGUGAAGCUUGAAGUUGUCCAAAGACACUACUCGCUAGAGUCGAGACUAUUCAAGUUGCCUAGGAGAGAAGAUUCUACUCGACCUUGAGUACUAAGCUAAUGAUCUCAUAAAUGGGAAUUACAAAGUCAUCAAUUCAUGAAUGUUAUUCGCUCUCAGAACUCGUCUAUUCAUCAAGAUUACUAGCUAAGCCAACUAAGGGUUCUCGCCAGAAGAACUCAUCAAGGGUACUCACCCACAAUAAUUCUCCUUCAUCAAACAAAUAUUAUCCAUGCUCAUCAGCUACAAGGCUAUUUAUACUUAGCUCAAUCAUGUUGUUAUGAAUUGUUGUAUCCCUCUUAUAACAUCGACUUUGGUCAUCAACUAUAAAUAGA